UCUGUGAUCACUGUUCAGUAAUGUAAAAACCGAGAGUCUGGUGAAAGAGAGGGAAAUGGCGGGACUGAGAAGACUGGCGCAAUUGAAACCGAUAGCCGUAGAAGCGGCGGCCGGAACAGUUUUCGCCGCGAAGUUCCUGUGCGGCCUUCAUGUCGCCAACACUUACGUCUGCACCGCCGCUCUCACCUACGGUCCCAGCAUGCUCCCUACUCUGAAUCUAACCGGCGAUUUCAUUUUGGCCGAGCGAGUCUCCACUCGCUUUGGCAGAGUCGGCGUCGGAGACAUUGUCCUCGUGAGGUCCCCUGAGAACCCUCGGAAAGUGAUGGCGAAGCGCUUGAUGGGCAUGGAGGGCGACUCUGUUACCUAUGUUGUGGAUCCGAAGAACAGUGAUAGGUGCGAAACUGUUGUGGUUCCCAAGGGCCAUGUUUGGAUAGAGGGAGAUAAUAUUUAUGAUUCAAAUGAUUCAAGACGUUUUGGGGCUGUCCCAUAUGGUCUUCUGCAAGGGAAAAUAUUCUGGAGGAUAUGGCCACCUAAAAGUUUUGGACCGUUGGAGAAGAGAAAAUCGAAUGAGACUGUUUUGUGAGAUGUAGGUGUUGUAUUCAUCAAUAUUGCUUCACCUCUAGAUGUAGGUGAUUUACGAAGACGUAUCGGUAUUCUUCAUCUUGUUAUGAAUCUUCAUUAGUUCAUUCCAGAAUUCUUUCUGUAUUUCUCAUUAUCUAUUGAAGCCUUGCUGAUUGAAUGUUCCUGUUCUCUUCCUCCAUCACAACUCAUCUCUCAAACAUUUUCCAAUCUCAUGUUAAACUAUGAACGACAAUCAAACAGAGUCAUUGAGAAGGGAUCCAUAGCGUAUGUAACAUGUUCUCCAUUUUGUUGUAAGAGGAUGUCCGUUUUUUUAAUCGACAACGUUGUAAUCUUCCUUGGUCUAGUAUGAUCUUUGUUAUUGUUUCCUUGCCAAAAUAUAUGUGUAGAAGUACGAUCUCUUUUUGUUAAACUUGAACAGGAGUUUGGAUGAGGAUCA